CAAUAAAGUUACGUGCAGUCUCCGUCAAUACUACGCGACGCUCACACGCACACGUGAGUACAGGAAGGCAGCCACAGCCAGCUUACCGACGUCAUCAGCGCGCGACUCACACAUGUUUUAGUGCAGGCGAGCAGUGGCUGGGAGGAUAAACAUGGCAGAGCCGAGCACCAGCCAGGAGAAGCCGAAAAAGUCGCUAAUCGAUCCCAGGAACGACCCGGUAAGGAACUUCGAGAAAUGGAAGAAGAAAUACACGAAAAACAAAGAGAAAUGCAAGGCUCGCAGGAAGCAGAACAAGAAACCCGAAUGGCAGAUAGAGAAGGAGUCCAUCAACUACCUGGUACAGCGCUAUUCAGAGAUAAAUACCGGUGAAAUUGUUAAAUUCUCAGAUUUCCCUUUGUCAAAAAAGACAUUGAGAGGUUUGGUGGAAAGCCAGUACCGACUACCUACCGAGAUACAGAAGCAGACAAUAGGCUUGGCCUUACAAGGAAAGGAUGUUCUCGGAGCAGCUAAAACCGGGUCUGGCAAAACGCUGGCUUUUAUUAUUCCUGCUCUGGAGUGCCUUUAUCGCCAGCAGUGGACAUCAGACGAUGGGUUGGGGGUGCUGAUCAUCUCUCCCACCAGAGAACUGGCUUAUCAAACCUUCCAGGUUCUAAAGAAGAUUGGACGAAGCCACGAGUUCUCUGCAGGACUGGUAAUAGGUGGAAAGGAUUUGAAGCAGGAAUCCGCUUGCAUCCAUCGAACCAACAUACUUAUUUGUACCCCCGGGCGCCUCCUGCAGCACAUGGACGAGACCUCUUUUUUCCAUGCGACCACUCUGCAGAUGUUGAUUCUUGAUGAAGCAGAUCGGAUCCUUGAUUUGGGGUUCUCUGAAACCAUCAAUGCAAUUGUAGAAAACUUACCAAAGAAACGCCAGACCCUACUCUUCUCUGCAACCCAGACAAAAUCUGUGAAAGAUCUUGCUCGUUUAAGCUUAAAAGAUCCAGAAUACGUUUGGGUUCAUGAAAAGGCAAAAUUCAGCACCCCUGCAACAUUGGAACAGAAUUUUGUUGUUUGUGAUCUGGAACAGAAGAUAAACUUAUUGUAUUCAUUUGUGAAGAACCACCUAAAGAAAAAGAGCAUUGUGUUCUUUGCCAGCUGCAAAGAGGUGCAGUACUUUUUUCGGACGUUUUGCAGGCUACGGCCUGGUACUCCCAUUCUGGCUCUCCAUGGCAAACAGCAGCAGAUGAAGAGGAUGGAGGUGUACACAGACUUCGUGAGAAAAAAGGCAGCCGUGCUGUUUGCCACAGACAUUGCAGCUAGAGGCCUGGAUUUCCCUGCAGUGAAUUGGGUCCUGCAGUUUGAUUGCCCGGAAGAUGCCAACACAUAUAUCCACCGAGUCGGGAGAACAGCUAGGUACAAGGAGGGGGGAGAAGCUUUACUGGUCCUGCUGCCAUCUGAGCGUAAUGGUAUGGUUAAACAACUGGAGGAAAAAAAGGUCCCGAUUAAUGAAAUCAAGAUUAACCCUGAAAAACUUAUAGCAGUUCAAAACAGAUUGGAAGCCUUUCUGGCUCAAGAGCAAGAAAUGAAAGAACGAGCUCAAAGGUGCUUUGUAUCGUAUUUACGUUCUGUGUAUCUAAUGAAGAACAAAGAGGUGUUUGAUGUCUUCAAAUUACCACUCACCCAGUAUGCCACGUCUUUGGGUCUUGCAGUCGCCCCCAGAGUCAGAUUCCUAAAUAAAGCUCAGAACGCACCAGCAUCAUUUACUAAGGAAGUAGAUCAAAAUGAAGAAUCCGGUACUUUCAGUGAUGAAGAAAUUGAAGCCUUCAGAUCUAAACUGGGUCUAAAACGAUCAGACGGUGAAGGCAAGAAAUGUCCACCAAAGUCAGAAGAACACAGUGAUAUGUCUGAGGAUUCUGAAGAAGACCUCUCAAAGAGCACAAAAGAAACUUUGACAUUUAUGGAUGAUGAUGACGAUGACGACGAUGACUGUCGAGAUGUUGAAAUCUUCACCGUAAAACGAAGAGAUGUUUUUGGAGUAGAAGACGACGACUCUGCUUUGGAACCGGUAUUAACCAAAUCAAAGAUUAAGAAAACCGAGAAAGUGACCAAAGUAAAGGAUGCCAAAAAAGUUUUGAAGAAAAAGCUUAAAGUUAAUACAAAGAUUGUUUUUGCGGAUGAUGGAGAGGUGAUGCAGCAAUGGCCGCAGGUUCAAAAGACUGUGAUGGAAGACCCCGAAGAGGGCGAGGAUGAGGAACAGAGCGGCAUCAACUUGGCAAAGGCCAAGGAGCGUAUGCACGAGGAGGACAAGUUUGACAAAGAAGCCUACCGGAAGAGAAUCAAGGAAAAACACAGGGAAAAGAGGCUUAAAGAAAAGGCAGCAAGGAGAGCGGCCAGCAAGAAACCAGAUGAGCAGGCAGAAGAAGCUGUGGCUUAUCUUGACCACAAUGAAGGUGAUGACGAAGUAGACAUCAGUGCUCUUCCUGAUCCCGACAAAUAUAAAGAUCUAGAUGAAAAUGAAGAUGCUUUCAUAGAUGAAAACAGUGAUUUUGAAGAAGGACCUUCAAGAAAGAGAACUUAUAGCAGCACAGAAGAAAAUGUGCCAGAAAAGCCCGCUCUCAAAAACAAGAAAAAGAAAAUGAAGCAAAGCCCUUACGACGAGCUUGAACCAUUAAACACUGGACUUUCCCUGACAGAGGAUGAAGAGUUGGUACUGCAUCUCCUGAGCAACAAGAGCUAAUUAUUUAGCUCUGUAGGUUCUCUUAGCUCAUCUUCUUUGUUAGGUCAACAACUUUUGCAAAAUCAAUUUGGCGUCAAGGCAGUUGGGUUCUCGGGGACACUGAUAAAUGAGUUUCGGGAAGCAGUCUCCAAAUAUCCAGUGGAUUGUAUAAAUAAACUGUUAUGGCAAACUCCUCCUUAAUAUGGCAUUUCCUUCCUAUAUGUGCAGUUUUAUUUGCAAAUAACACUUCAUAUUAAAAAAAUAUGUUAAGAAACAUUCUGAAUACUGUUUGUGUUGUAUAAAUACAUCUGAUUGAGAAAACUGAAAAUAUAAAAGGAAUUCUGCAAGGUGUUUUAUCUAUGCAAAUGCUUCCACUUGUUUUAUACUUUAAGAGGAUUUAAAAGGAUGUCUGCCGUGAAUGAGCAAUUAAAAAUGUCUGUUCUUAA